UAGCUGUGUUAUUGAUCUUGCUUCAAAGACCUACCAAAAUGAAUCCUUCAUUGCAGAACCUUAAUGCUCUUGGCAGUGGGGCUAGCAUACAGAAGGCAACAACGAGGUUGUCAACAUUACCUAUAAAUGAGAAGUUCAUAAUACUACGAGCAAAAAGGGUUACUACACCCUUUGGUCCAGCGGUGCUUGUGGAAUUAGAAAGCACAAAAGUCUUUCUUCCUACUCGGUUUUCUAAGAUGAGCGAUGAAGAUUUGGAGUACCUCAACAGUGGAAAAGUUCAUUUAACAUAUACUGGAAGAGUUGAGGAAAAUAAUAUGGACACAGUUAGUUUUUGUGUAGACUAAGAAGAGUGUUUAUAGUGUGUUUUAUAGUGUGUCUUGUAGAGUGUUUUAUAGUGUGACUAAUUACUUUGCGUUUAGAAAGAAGAAAAAUGUCUUUAGAAUUUAAUAAAGUAUGUGCACAUGGGAAUGUGAAGGUUGUAGAUGUCAACAGUUUUGUGGAUGAUGGGUGUGAUAGAAAACUUAAAGAUGAGGAUACACUCAACUUCAGAUUUAGAUUACACAGUGUCAGUAACAAUUUUUUAGAAUAUAAAAGGCUUCUGGAAGAAGUAAUUUUGAAAGAAAUAAAUGACAAGUUCUGUAAAGGUGAGCAUUACUUAGCUUAUCUGAGAUACAGCAAACUCCAGUGUACUUAUGAGACUGAACUUUUCGUAUUCAAUCCAAAAGAACUUGGAGUACACUACUUCAAAGAAUUGUUAUAUAUAUUACAGACAUCUUCGAUAUCAGAUUCUGUGUUCUGUAGAUAUGACCAAUGUGAAGCAGAGUAUCAUUUGAAAACAGAUUUCUCAAACAGAGAAAUCAAGUGUGUAUAUUCAAAUUGUAAGCAAUUACUUCUCGGUACAG